GCCAGCCGCCGCCGGAGCCCGGAGCGGAGCGGGGCCACCGGGCGCGGCGCAGCCCCGCCGGGAGCCGGGAGGCGCCUUCCGCCCGCGGGACGCCGGGGAGCCGCCCGCCGCGGCGCGGAGGAGCCUUGGAGGAGCGGGCCGGGAGCUGAGGGGGGCGGAGGAGGCGGAGGCGCCGAUGGAGCGGGCGCUGGGGCUGCCCGCGGAAGAGGACCUCUUCCACAAGAGCCUCGCCGCCUCGGCCAAGCGCAUGGAGUCCGCCUUCCGCUCGCCCCCGGGGCUCGACCUCUCCCACCCGCGCGACCGCCAGCCCUCGCCGCUCGCCUGCUACGAAGCGCCGGAGCCCGAGGCGCUGCUGCAGCCCGGCGUCGGCGGGGACCCGCUGGCGCUGCCGCCGGGCUCCGUGUGCGUCAAGUACGGCGAGAGCGCCAGCCGCAGCUCGGUGGCCGAGAGCAGCGGCGGCGAGCAGAGCCCCGACGACGACAGCGACGGCCGCUGCGAGCUGCUGCUGCGCGGCGCCGGGGGGGACCCGCGCGACGCUUCGCCGGCGGCGGGCGGCGGCGGCGGCGGCGGCGGCGGCGGCGGCGGCCCGGGAGGAGGGGGGGGCGGGGGGCUGAAGGCUGCCGAGGGCGGCUGCUCCAACGGGCACGGGCACGGCGGCAGCAAGAAGUCCAAGGAGCAGAAGGCGCUGCGCCUCAACAUCAACGCGCGGGAGCGGCGGCGGAUGCACGACCUGAACGACGCGCUGGACGAGCUGCGGGCCGUCAUCCCCUACGCGCACAGCCCCUCGGUGCGGAAGCUCUCCAAGAUCGCCACGCUGCUGCUGGCCAAGAACUACAUCCUCAUGCAGGCGCAGGCCCUGGAGGAGAUGCGGCGCCUCGUGGCUUAUCUCAACCAGGGCCAGGCCAUCUCGGCCGCCUCCCUGCCCAGCUCCGCCGCGGCGGCGGCGGCGGCGGCGGCCGCGCUGCACCCCGCCCUCGGCGCCUACGAGCAGGCGGCGGGGUACCCGUUCAGCGCCGGGCUGCCUCCCGCCACCUCCUGCCCGGAGAAAUGUGCCAUCUUCAACAGCGUCUCCUCCAGUCUCUGCAAACAGUGCACGGAGAAGCCUUAAGCCGCGCCGAGCCCCGCCGCCGCCGCCUCCGCCUCCGCCGCGGCCCCGGGGAGACGAGAGGGAAGGGAAGGGCGCCGGGGGGCCGCGGCCGGGCCGGGCCGGGGGGCGCGGGGGCGGCGGAGGGACUGAGAGCCGCCCGGGUCCCCGCCGCCCUCCGCUCCGAGCGCUCCGCGGGCUCCGCCGGGACGGGACGGCCGCGGGAGGGGGCCGGGGCGGGAGAAGGGGCGGCGGGGGGCGAGCCUCGCAGCGGGGAGUCGCGGGCUGAGCCCCGGCGGGGCCGCCGCGCGUCCGGACAAUGGGGCGGCUGAGAAACAGCGGCCGGGUGGGAGACAGAACGCGGGGACGGGGGAGCGGAGCCGUGUCCCGGCCCGCCCAGCACCGAGCGGUCCCGGUGACGGGGAGCGGAGGUGGAUGGGACGAAUCAGAGAGGGCACGAGAACGUAGGUUGGUUUUGGUUUGGUUUUUGGUUUGUUUGUUUGUUUGUUUUUAAUUAUUAGCAGCAUUAUUAUAAUUAUUCUGAGCCAGGAAACAAACCAACUUGAAAUGUAAACUUCUUAUUUAAGCGACUCGCAGAAACAAAGAGACUGGAGCAUUGCUUACGGAAGACUCUGUGUUUUUUAGCGUCUCGAAACUUUGAUCCCGUGCGAAUGCGCAAAGUUUUGGUGAGAGUGGUUUAAAAAAAAAAAAAAAAGAAAAGAAAAAGGAAAAAAAAGAAAGGGAAAAGGAAAAGGAAAAGAAAUAGAGAGGAAGAUUUUUUAAAAAGG